ACACUGCCGCCGCCUCGUCCCUCCCAAACCCUAACCCGCACCCGCACUCCUCCUCCACGGCGACGACGGCGGCCUCGUCGUUCCCGGAGGCCGCGGUCGGUCGUCUUCCUAUCCGCCUCUCUCCCUAACACCAGACCAGAGAGAUCUGCCUCCCUCCUGAACGACCACGGUCGGUUCCUCGCCGCCGCCGCUGUCGGCCCGCUGCCCCUCCCCCGUGGAGCCCAGCAGCGAGAUGUCCUUCUUCCACGCGGCCUCGCGGCCGCGUUCGUCGUAGCAGGACCUCGUGCGCUCCAUCAAGGACUCCCUCCUCGCGCUCGACACCAUGACCGGCACCAAGGGUUUCGAGGGUGGCGUCCCCUCCAACUCCAGCGCGGCGCCGGCGAUUCUUCUCCGCCCUGAUGAACAACGCGGUGCUCUUCGACCAGGCCACCUACACAGAUCAUGCCCGCCGUCCUCUCCGAGCGCCUCAGGUAGCAGCAUGGGCGAGUUGAGGUGGGGGACAGAGAGGUUGUGUCGUGCGGGUUCUGAUCAUGCAACUGGCUUACCAAUACGCCGCCAAGGGGGCAUGCCUUGUCCUGGUAGCAAGGAGGGAGUGGAGCCUGUGGCAGGUCGCCGACCGCGCCUUCGAGCUCGGCGUGCCGGACGUGAUCAUUCUCCCCGGGGACGUCGCGCCCGACGACUACAACAGAUUUGUUCAGGCCACAAUCGACCACUACGGCCAAUGGCGACCGUGGAAGGCGUGAUGAUAGUUCAUAUUGUCAUUCUGUUAGUCAAGUGUAAUGAAGGUCAUGGCCUAGUCAAGUAUGGUCGCCCAUUGAGUCGUGCAUAUGUUUCAUAUGAUUGGAGCAGGGGCCCAGUUUGUGCCGAUUGUCACUGCAUAUGUUUAACAGUGAUUCUACUUGUAUAUGUGUUAUUACACUAGUAGAAUUUGUACAUGUGCGAUGACUGGAGCAGGAUCCCAAUAUUUGUAGAGAUUGUAACAUUGAUUGUCACUGUAUACAGAUUCAUUCUGGUUGCUGUUACUUGAAGUAUUUCUUAUGUUU